CUUGGUCAUUCGUACAACUACUCUGAAGCUGAGCUCAUGAGCCGUGCCGAGUUGCAUUCCAUGACCAUGUUGAGCUGAACUCGCUGGGCAUGUGAUUUAGCCAGAGUGAUCCACAAAAGCUAUCAAUACAGCGUAACUGCCGUGUAAUGUAUUGUUAGACAGCAUAAAAAACAGGGUAGAGCCACAGACUCGCUAUAAAAUGUUCUCAAAUAGACCAUGUAGUAUACUAAUCAGCAGGACCCCCUGCGUGGCAUGCCAUAUAUGGAAGGUGUCGGCUCUUGGGUCGCUUAAUAACCACCUCCUACAUCCCCAACCCCAUCAUCAUCAUCAUAGGGUAGUGCCUAAGAGAUGCUUGCAUAGAACAGCAUCCGUGUUGUCCAGUAGCAAACAGGUGUCUUCAGCAAAAGUGAAAUUCUUUCAGGAUGAUACAUUACUCCCCUUUUCAGCUUUUUUAACGGAUCCUUUUCAAAGACAUCAUAAUUACCUUAGAAUUUCAUUAACGGAAAGAUGCAAUUUAAGAUGUCAGUACUGCAUGCCUGAGGAAGGGGUCACCCUCUCACCCAAAGAGAGACUUUUAUCAACAGAUGAAAUCUUACAUCUAGCUAAAUUGUUUGUUAGUGAAGGAGUAGAUAAAAUCAGAUUAACGGGAGGAGAACCAUUAGUCAGAAAGGACAUUGUAGAUAUCAUAGAGGGCCUCAGGGAGUUGGAGGGUCUUAAACAAAUUGCCAUGACAACUAAUGGAGUCACCUUAGCCAAACGACUACCAGAUCUCAAGAAAGCUGGCCUAGAUCUGAUCAACAUUAGCAUAGAUACCUUAAUCCCACAGAAGUUUGAAUUUAUAUCAAGGAGAAAAGGAUGGCAUCAUGUGAUGAGAGGAAUAGAAGCUGCAUUAGAGCAUGGAUACGACCCAGUCAAGGUCAACUGUGUUGUGAUGAGAGGACUCAAUGAAGAUGAACUAUGUGACUUUGUUGCUCUCACCGAGGACAAGGCAUUAGACAUCCGUUUUAUAGAGUACAUGCCAUUUGAUGGUAACCGAUGGAAUGACAAGAAACUCUUCACCAAAGACGAGAUGGUUCAGACAAUUAGAGAGAGGUGGCCUGACUUUGGUCCUACAGAUAAUCUUCCUAAUGAUACAUCAGUUGCAUACAGAGUACCAGGUUUUGUAGGUCAGGUUGGGAUCAUAGCUUCCAUGUCUAAACCAUUCUGUGGUUCAUGUAACAGACUCAGACUGACAGCGGAUGGUAAUUUGAAGGUGUGUCUCUUUGGUAAUGCUGAGGUAUCGCUUCGAGAUGCUCUAAGAGAAGGCAAAUCAGAUGAGGAGUUGUUACAAGUCAUUGGAGCAGCAGUUGGAAAGAAGAAAAAGCAACAUGCAGGUAUGUUCAAGAUAGCCAAGAUGCAGAACAGGCCGAUGAUUCUGAUCGAUUCAUCUCCUAUGGAGAUUAGAAUGUUGGGUACUUUUCAUCACAGGAAUCCUGACAGCGUAUAUACUUCAACUAAUGUAGCAAAUCAGCAUGUGCUUCCAGCAUCAAUUUUAUUCAAUCAUGGUGUCCAUUCGUACAAAACCUAUCAUAGUUCAAGAGCCUGGAUCCAUUCCUCGACAAAGUCUUUUAAGGUUGACGACCCAAGCAGCAAAGACGGGUCUGGGUCUGAUUUGAGGCUGACCCACGUUGACUGCUCCGGACAAGCAGAAAUGGUGGACGUGAGUGGGAAGGAGACGACGGUGCGGGAGGCGGUGGCAUCGGGUAAGGUUCAGCUGGGACAGGAGGCUUUCUACCUUGUCCAGGAGAACAAGAUGGCCAAGGGUGAUGUCUUACGGGUGGCACAGCUCGCUGGCAUCAUGGCAGCCAAGCAGACUAGCGCCCUCAUCCCACUCUGUCAUAACAUCCCCAUACAGAAGGUGGAUGUUGACCUUCACCUGGAUGAGGAAUCUUUCAGCGUACUCAUCAGGUCAAAGGUCAAAUGCAUAGGUCGAACUGGAGUCGAGAUGGAGGCAUUGACUGCAGUCUCUGUAGCAGCUCUGACCAUCUAUGACAUGUGCAAGGCGGUCACUCAUGACAUGGUCAUUGCAGAAAUCAGACUGGAACAGAAAACUGGGGGACAGCGUGGUGAUUUUUAUAGAGAAAAUUAAUUAGUUAAUGGAUGUCCACACCCAAAUUUUUGUAUCGCCUACAUAGCAGUGUGAGACUAUCGCCGCCUUUUUUCUAAGGGCGCUGGCGGCGGUGUCAACA